ACGUUUUCUUCGCGCAGGGGCAGUAUAUGACCGCCCUCAAGUACUACCAGGAAGAAUUGGAGAUGGAGACCAAAAUAUAUGGCACCCGAGAACACCGAACAAUCGCCUCCACGAUCCACAGUUUCGGUGAUGUGGCCAUGUCGCUGGGCGACAACGAGGCUGCCCUCAAGCACUACCAGGAGGCACUCGACAUCUAUACCAAGGUUUAUGGCACACGAGAGCACCUAGAGAUUGCCGCCACGAUUCAUAACAUGGGCAACAUCGCCUACACCCAAGGCAAUUACGAGGUUGCUCUCGAAUACUACAAGGAAUCGCGCGACAUCAACAUCACGAUCCAUGGCACUCGUGAGCAUCCCAAGGUCGCAGCCACGAUCAAUAGCAUAGGAAAUGCCGUCAACAGACUGGGCAACACCGAGGCCGCAUUCGAAUGCUACCAAGAGUCCCUCGAUAUUAUGGUCAAAGUUUAUUGUUCCCGGGAACAUCCAUGGAUUGGCACUGCACUCAACCAACUAGGCUGUAUAGCCUACUCCCAACGCAACUACGAGACCGCCCUCAAGUACUACCAGGAGUCGGUUGAUAUCAAGAUCAAGGUCUAUAACACACGGGAGCACCAUUCGAUUGCUGCCACCCUCUUCAAUAUGGGCAAUGUCGCCUACACCCAAGGUGACCUCGAGGCCGCUCUAAAUUAUUACCAAGAGUCGCACGACAUCAAAGCCAAGAUCUACGGCAAGCGAGAGCAUCCCGAAGUCGCCGACACGAUCCGCCACAUGGGUCAUGUCGCCUCAUCUCAAGGCAACUACGAGGUUGCCCUCACACACUACCAGGAAGCGAUCGACAUCUAUAAGAAAAUUCAUGGCACUCGACUAAAUACUGACGCUGCCUCCACGCUCAGAGACAUGGCGCAGGUUGCGGAGAAGCAAGGGGAUUUUUCAGCCAUGGUUCAACUUAAGGACGAGGCGGGGGUUAUUCAAAUGUUGUCUCAAUGGGUAAUUGUUGACACCAACAUUGGUGCCUAUCGACAUUAUCCAUAAUCUAGGACGAUUCGUGGGCAGUACCAGCGCAUUUUCAAGCCCUAUCGUUUGUUCCUGUUCUCGUGGACAACGAAAAGCUGAUGAAUAUAUAAUCUCACGCGCUGACCCAUCCCAGGAGCGUGACUCUUGUUCAUCCUUCUUGCUUCAUUAUAUCCAUAGCCAACUUCAUUCAAGAAGACAAGCCAUCAAGUCCAACAGGUUGGUACCCCGGCACGCUGAGUACACAGGCAAGCCUAUCUACUCCUGUUGCAGCCUAAUGCUGCCUCAGCUGCCCA